AUGGCCGAAUCCAGGCCAUCCCCGCUGCCCGCACGCUCCGCGCCCGGCGCACCAUCGAACCGCAAUGUGGGAUCCCUCCUCCAGAAUCGCGGCGGUCAGCGCGGCGGCGCGACGCCCAUCCCGCCCUCCCUCCAGGCAAAGAUGGCCGCGAUGGCGAACCGCGCCCAGCAGCCACCCUCGGCCAACCCCGAUGCGACCGCCGCCGCCCUCGGCCGCAUGCAGCUCGGCGACCGCGGCCCCGCGAGCGCACCGGCCGUGCCCCGGAUGCCGUCCGGUCGACCAGGUAUGGGCGGCCUCAAGCGCAACAAGCCCGGCUUCAAGCUGAGCGACAUCACCGGCGAGGACAACUCCAGCGCCGCCAACGCGGGUCUCGGUGCCGGCGCGCCCAGCCUGAACCGCGAGUGGCAGCCGCGCAAGCCAGUGGUCACCGGCACUCCGUUUGCGAACUUCCGGAAGAUUGUCGAUCCCUCAGGCGCGCUCAACUUCAACGGCAAGGCCGUACUACACGCGUCCGGCGUCGACUUUUCCAAUGGCGCUUCGUUCAGCAUCAACAUGGACCAAUUACAACUCGAGGACGAGCUCGGGAAGGGCGCGUACGGCACCGUUCAGCGCGUCCUGCACAAGCCGACGAAAGUCGCAAUGGCCAUGAAGGAGAUCAGGCUCGAGCUCGAGGAAAGCAAACUAAACGCAAUUCUUAUGGAGCUCGACGUUCUACAUCGAGCCGUGCACCCAUCCAUAGUCGAGUUCUACGGCGCGUUCUUCAUCGAGAGUUGCGUGUACUACUGCAUGGAGUACAUGGACGCCGGGAGCGUGGACAAGCUGUAUGGCGUCGGCGUGCCAGAGGAUGUGCUCGCUAGGAUCGUGGGGAGCAUGGUGCGGGGGUUGAAGUUUCUGAAGGACGAAUUACAGAUCAUCCAUCGAGACAUCAAGCCUACAAAUGUGCUCAUCAACCUGAAGGGCCAGGUCAAGCUCUGCGAUUUCGGCGUCUCCGGUCAGCUUGAAAAGUCUUUGGCAAAGACGAACAUCGGCUGCCAGUCUUACAUGGCCCCCGAACGUAUCAAGGGCGAGUCUCAGAACGCCAUCUCGACAUACACUGUGUCGUCGGACGUCUGGUCCGUCGGACUCGCAACAAUCGAGAUCGCGCUCGGCGCCUACCCAUACCCACCUGAAACCUACAGCAACGUGUUCGCACAAUUACAAGCAAUCGUACAUGGCGACCCGCCGAUAUUACCAGACUCGUACAGCGCAACUGCGCAGGACUGGGUUGCCCGCUGCCUCGUCAAGCAGCCGGAGGGGCGGGCGAGUUACGCUGAGCUGCUGGAACAUCCUUUCCUGGAAGACGAAGUUUCGCGCGACGUUGACAUGGUGGGAUGGACGGGGCGCGCCGUGGCGUGGAAGAUCGAGCAGCGCGAGAAAGACCGCCAAGAAUCGCUCGCGAAAGACGCGCCGCCGGAGUAA